AUGAAAGAGGAGUCCCCAGAUGAGUCCCGUGUGCCCAAACGUCCAGGUGCAAAGCGCAAGUUCCACAAGAAAAGUCGCAAGGGAUGUGCUACUUGCAAAAAAAGACGCGUCAAGUGCGAUGAGACCCGUCCAGUGUGCGGUAAUUGCGAUCGCAUGGGAAUCCAAUGCGUUUACACUAUACCUGCAACUGUGCAGCCUACACAGGCCCUGACCACCGACCAAGUGGCGAACACAUCAGGACCUUUACCUAUGCGAGAGCAAAAGCCGAACCCACUUCAGCCCCCUGAAGUUGUGCAAGAGCCGAACUUGUGCCCGAACAUGAUAACCCAACCGCCUCCCACUCAAACCUUAGCAUAUGAUACGCAUCAAACCCUCAACAUGCUCGAUCUAAGACUCAUGUAUCACUACACCACCAAGGUCUGGCCUACGAUCACAGAGGCCGGAAUAUCAGACUCCAAAAUAUGGUCGGAGGAGAUCCCGAUGCUCGCUUUCAAGUACCCUGCUCGAAAUGUCGCCCGAGAACACUGA